AUAUUGAGUUAUUGCGAGGUUUGGAGAGGGAUAGCUAGGGUGUGGAGUUAAGGUAUGCAAUUUGAUUGGUUGCGAUGUUCCACACAGGUAUUGGAUUAUACGAACUUUCCACAAACAACUCGCUUGCUCCCCCGGUAGAUGCUGGUGCACGUUCCUCUUCAAAUAUUGAGAAGAAGAUAUUUUCCAUUCAAAGUGUACAUAAUUGAGAGUAAUUAAUGUCUUAGUGAGGACCAUGCUAGUGAUGGAGGUUCCAAAUCUAGGUGAUAAUGGAUUGGCUCAGCGGGAGGAGAUUAUUGAGGAACGGAGCUCACCGUCUCGAUUCAACAACAUCAUCGGAUCCAUCGAAGAUAUCAUGGUCUCACCAGGGUUCCUAGCUUUACAAAGAAGUCUCCUGGAGAGGUUUUGCGAGCAAUUUGAUGGAAGUACCGAAGAAAAUAAUCUGAUUCACAUGGAACUGUUUCAAGAAUAUAACCAAUCAAUUGAAAGUUUCAUCAUGCAAGAAUUGGCCAAGCAAGUUGAAGAUUUUAGCUUAGAAUCCUUUGCUGAGGAAUUGAAAAGUUAUUCAGAUCCUUUAAAUGAAGAGAUACUGGAGAUGAUCUGUUCCAUCACGGACUUCGAAGCAUUCAGAGACAUGGUAUUAGAACAUAAGAAGAGCUUCCUUGUGGAUGAUCCUUUUGAUUCAGGACUGAUAAUCAACAAAAUGACCCUCAACAAUUAGAUUCCAACUCAAAUAAACGCCAAAAAAUCAAACAUGUUGCAAUGAGUCUUAUUUAUCAAAAAAAUCACAUUUGGGAUAUGA